AUGAAUUGCUUAUCCGUCAAUAUUCAGGGGAUUGGGGUUAGUGGGAAGGCUACUUGGAUUAAAAGACUUAAAAAUGAAUUCGGGGUGUCGUUUAUUGGUAUGCAAGAAACUAUGUCUACUAAUUUACAACCGGGGAUGUUGUCGCAUUUUUGGGGAGGUAUGGGGUACGAUUGUGAGAUUGUUAAUUCUAAUGGUCACUCGGGUGGUUUAGUGUGUCUUUGGGAUCCCAAGAAAUACACGAAAGACGUGGUGGAGAAAGAUGAUAAUUACUUACACAUUUCGGGUUUGUUAACGGAUGGUUUAGUUCGCCUCAAUAUUAUUAAUGUUUAUGCACCUCAGCAUAAUGAAGAAAAGCGAAAUCUUUGGGAGAAAAUUCUGCAGGUUAUGCAAUCGGGGCAAGGUUGGUGGGUGGUUUUCGGGGAUUUUAACACAGUUCGAAACACGGAUGAAAGGAAAAUUUCCAAGUUUGACCCAGUUUGUGCCCGGGAUUUUAACAACUUUAUUGAUGAAGCAGACCUCCGAGAAUAUAAUUUGAAAGGGCCGAAGCCGUUUCGUUGGUUUGAUUCGUGGUUUGAAAGAUCGGGAUGUGAGGAUGUCGUGAAGUCGGUUCUAGUGGGAAACAAUAUGAAUGGUCCUUCGGAUUUGAACCUCAGUAACAAAUUGAAGAGUUUUCGUGACAAGUUGAAGAUGUGGUAUAAAACUUGUAAACUCAAAGAAGAUGAAGCGGAACAAAGACUUCGAAAAGAAAGAGAUGGGAUCGAGAUUUUAAUGGAACAGAAAGAUUUAGAGGAGUCAGAAUUAUGGGUGUGGUCUGAGUGCAAAAAGAGUCUUGAAGAGAUACAACUUUUUAGAUCUCGUGACAUUCGCCAAAAAUCACGGGUGAAAUAG